AACGUUACUCCGCUAGGGUUCAUCAUUCUCUCAGGUAAUCGGUUGAUUCUAGGGUUCAUCCUUUCAAUUUCCAGUUCGUGGUUUCAUCGUUUAAGAACUAACUCUUUCUACCUUCCAAUUUUUCGGUUGAUGCUAGUUCGUGGUUUCAUCGUUUAACGAAGAACCGUCGCCGUCCAUUAUUCAACCACAAAUCACCACCGAGCUUGUUAGAUCAAGGAGUUGGAUGAGUCCUGCCGCCAAUGGAGCGCGGCAAAAGUAGCUUGCAAGGAGUUGGAGUUCCUAGCGGAGUUGUAGAUCAAGGAGUGAGUCAAGGAGCAGCUGCUGGUACUGCACUCCCUCCACUUCGAAAAAGGAAACUUAAUGCUAGUGGUAGUAGAAAAACUUCUACGGAUUGGGAAGAGUUUAACAUUUUACCGGAUGAGCCUGAACCUAUAGCCGCGUGUAAACACUGUCAUAAAAGGUACCGAUGUGACCCUAAAACACAUGGUACUUCUAACAUGCUAGCUCACUCGAAAGUGUGUUACAAAAACCCUGCCCUUUUGUUGAAAGACCCCAAUCAGACAAACCUUGUAAGCGGCGAGGGUGGGUUUUUAGUUCCAACUAGUCAAAGGUUUAAUGCUGCAGCCUGUAGGAAGGCCAUUAAUACCUUUGUUAUCCUUGAUGAACAUUCCUUUAGAGUGGUUGAGGGUGUUGGUUUUAAGCAAAUGUGUAAACAAUUGCAACCCCAAAUGGCUAUCCCUACUAGGAGGACCGUUGCUAGGGAUUGUUUUCAGCUUUACCUAGCUGAAAAGUCACGUCUUAAAGCCUUUUUAAAUCUGAUUGUACUAGGGUUGCACUAACCACAGACUGUUGGACUUCGAUACAAAACCUUAGUUAUAUGGCCACCACUGCACACUUCAUUGACACUGCUUGGAAGUACCAAAAAAAAAUUAUUAGUUUCUCUUUAGUUCCAAAUCACAAAGGUGAUACCAUUGGCAUGAAAGUCGAGGACGUUUUGAGGGAAUGGGGGCUUAGGAAAGUGUCUACAAUUACCCUGGAUAACGCAACAGCAAAUGAUGUGGCUGUGAGUUAUUUGGAUAGAAGACUUAAGAGCAAGAAUGCUUUACUGGGUGUAGGUGAUUAUUUGCAUAUGAGGUGUGCUGCCCAUGUCUUGAACUUGGUAGUGAGAGAUGGUGAAAAAGAACAUGAAGGGUCUAUUGAAUCAGUUCGCACUGCUGUUAGGUUUGUAAGGUCUUCUCCACAAAGAGCUAUGAAGUUUAAGGAGUGUGUUGAACUUGCGGGCAUAACUUGUAAAAAAAACUUUGUCUUGAUGUUUCUACAAGGUGGAAUUCCACUUACCUAAUGUUGGAUGCUGCUGAAAAGUUUGAAGCUGCAUUUGACAAUAUGAUUGAUGAGGAUCCUGGAUACAUCGAAUAUUUUGACCUCCUUACCGGUCCACCCGGUUCUCAGGAUUGGAAAAAAGUUAGGGCUUUUGUGGUUUUCUUACAAACCUUCUAUGAGGCAACCAAAGUGUUUUCAACUUCGCAAGAAGUGUCCUUGCAUUUAGCUUUUCAUAACUUGUCUUCAAUUUUGUGUGAGCUUCAAGAAGCUUCAUUUAACUUGAAUUCUUAUGUGGCUCCAAUGAUUUCACAUAUGAAGGUUAAAUAUGAUAAGUAUUGGGGGGAUGUGGGAAAAGUGAAUC